AUGCAUCACCCUGUUGUAUGCAAGUUAGUGUCAAUCGCACUAGGCCAUAAAUCAACCAACCAUGUACCUCACUCACGCCACCUCCGCCAUUGGUCGACGAUCGGCGACCAAUCAACUGUUGAUGUUCAACCUCGCGACACAGCGGACACGAGUGACAGCCCAAUCAGGCACAUAAUGAAUCAUUUUCUUCUGGGCUGGUGUUAUUUUCUCCUUUGCAAAUGGCUUGUUUUGUGCUCCACCGUAUCAACAUUUGUAGAAGAUAAAGCCCUGGAACCUGUGGAGCAACUCCGAUGCUUGAAACCGAUGCCUAUUCAAAUACCUGAGUGUCAGAACACAUUUUACAAAUUCACAGGUAUGCCUAAUUUGGUUGGACAGGAAACACAGUUUGACGCACGUCACCAACUUCAGACCUUCAAACCACUCAUCACAUACAAAUGUUCAAAUAAACUCAGCUUCUUCUUAUGCUCAGUUUACACGCCAAUGUGUGAUGCGAACACCAGACACUUGAUUGGCCCAUGUCGCCCACUAUGUGAACACGUGAAAGCUCGGUGUGCCCCAGUCCUACGAGUCUUCGACAUUGAUUGGCCAGCCACCUUGAACUGCUCCAGGUUCCCUGUGAAGAAUGUAGUUGGAGGUACAAUGUGCAUGGAGGGUCCCCAAGAUUCAGAGGAAACCCCGCUAUUCAGUGAGGCAGGGGACGUCACUACACAUGAUGAAGCAGUCAAGGGACGGGCUUCUCCUUCGAAAAUGGUGGGUGCUGUCGAGAAUAAAAUUCCUACUCCUGGCCCGAAUUUGUUAGGCAGAAAACCAGGUGUUGAAGAAGAUGAACAAUUGGUGAGUAGUUGGAUACAACAAUUCUCAGAAUUUCAGUUAACUAACGAGAACAAUGGACCUCGCGCCCCCCAUCCGAAUAGACAAGCCUCAGCUAUUUCCGUCAUGGCUCAAACGCUGCGCCACUGUGCGUUUCUGAAAAAAUCUACCUCUUACGUCUACAUCAAUAGAACUGGCCGAUGUGCCCCGCUUUGCCAAGCGCACAUACUUUUUCAUCCUGACGCCAAGACGUUAUCUAUAAUUUGGACUAGUGUUUUAAGCGGAAUAUGCAGUUUGCUCACAAGUGUGACGUUGGUCGGCUAUCUUAUUCAUUCCAGCCUAUUUCGAUUAACUGAACGUCCUGUGAUCUAUAUUACUCUUUGUCAGCUAAUUUAUUCUUUGGGUUUUGCCCUCAGCAUCGGGCUUGGUCGCGAAACGGUCACUUGUGGUCCAGAUCUAGAUUCUGGUCGGGAAAUUAGGCUACAGGAAGGACUAGACAACUCAGUCUGCGCACUGGUAUUCAUGGUACAAUAUUUCUUCGCCAUCGCUAGCUCAAUGUGGUGGAGUCUGUUGACAAUUCACUGGGCAUUGCAAUACAGCUACUGUUGGUGUUCCCUAUGUUGGGAACCGGUGGAUUCUUCUGAAGACUAUACAAGUGUUGCUCGCUCUGAUAUUGAAUGCUGGCCACAUCUCAAUGAGCUUUGCUGUUGUAUGCCAAGAAAUUCCUGGGACAAGGAAAACGCAGUUGAUGUCAUUGGAAGUCAAGUCGACAACGAUCCUUCGGAGACGGUGAACCCUACAAAUUCCGUAUUUACCCAAUCAAAUGCAGUGAGGGAAGUAAACAAUACUUCUCGAAUAGGCAGCGGAGCAACUCAGACUGUGUUCGAUCCAAGUUCAAAAAUGUUCCCUCCUCCCCAAGUUCCGGGUUCCGAGACUGUUUGUUACUUUGCUCAGAAUGGGAAAAUAAUUCCAUCCUGCAGGUACAUCACCACCGCCACAACUACCACAAUCAUUGCAAAUCAGUCCAGAUUCCAUCGAACCAUUAAUUCGGGGAACUUCGAACAAAUCGCCGUGUUUCUGGCCAGGGAACAUGUGCUGGUUUGGCUGACGGCCGGUUUGCUGACGGUGGGAGUCCUUGUCAGUCGGCAGGUGGACGCUGAUGAACUGAUCCCAAUAUGCAGUGUUGGCCGCCAAAACACGCGUGCAUUGGGCGUCUUUGUGGUGGGUCCGGAAACGAUUGUGACAACUGCUGGACUGAUUUCUUUGUCAGUCGGUUUGCUGUUUGGCCUAUUCCGUAGGCGACUUAGACGUUUACGGAACCGGCCGGACUCUGGCACUGUGCGCAACCCGUCCACCGCUUAUGGGGCCACAGGAGGUGCAGGAACAAUAGGAGGCGGCGAAUUUCAGAUUACCGACAACAGUCGCCUACUGCGUGACACCAACAACGGAGGUGCCGCGUCGUCCAAACAACAGUCAUGUUCUGCUAAACGUGAAAUUCCGCGUUCAGAGUCUAACAAACGCAUCGAAAGUGUUGCAGUUGGAUACCUCGCACACAAGUCCGAACACUAUUGCCUCUCUUCAGACCCACUCGAACGGCGGAUAGGACUUUUCUGUCUCCUCUAUCUACUCCCGGCUUUGUGCGUAACUAUGUGUGACCUGUAUGAGUAUUUGUGUAGAGAUCUUUGGCUUAGAGACACGGAACACAAACCGAUUGAUUCAACUUCAACAUUGUCUUUCCCUCCCAAAAUGUGGAAGUCCGAGGAGGUUGUUGGACCCAAUCCAGAUAUAUUCAUGCUUAGAAUAUUCAUGUCCCUUGUACCCGGUAUUACUUGUAGCCUUUGGACUUGGUCAGUUAAGGGUUGUAAACCAUGGACACGUUUAUUUACUAGGGUUCGUUCAGCAGUGAAAAAAGGUCUACACUUUACGAAAUCUAGUGGGGAAAUCCCCUCGAGUAUGAAAUUCGACUUUCUGCCCGCGGACCAACGACAAAAUGUCCGAUUACAUACUCGAUCUAAGGAGACACCUGUUUAUUCCCUCAACUCACACCCCUACGCUGUGUAUCACUAUCGUUCAACAGAGAAGCAUCCACCGAUUGAUGGAUGGACUCAGCUCAACUACCCAAUUGAACCCUGCGUGAUUGAAACCAUCUCACACACCAACGGUGUUGAAAAUCAACACUCCAGCGCCACCACUCCCGGAUAUUAUAGUCAGGCAAAAGUUGGGUCGACAAUCGAACCCCAUAUGUCAGACACACUGAGCGAAGAAUCGCCAGUACCACCUCCGUUGCCGACUACUUCUAGACCACAGUUACCAGCCCGCGGAGAUCCCUGCAUUGGAGCCUCAAAUUCACAUGUUUCCGGUUUGGCUGCACCAACUAACCUCUUGUUCCAAACAGCCACCAAUUUGAACUGACAAUGCACAUGUGGACACUGGAACGUUUACCACAUAAUCCUGGUUCAAGAGAAACGUCGGCACAAUCCAACUUUAUGCUCCUUACACUCGAAUUAUCAUUAUGACUAUUGAUAACUCAUACAGAAAAUCUUGCAUGGUCUUUGGUGCGGUGCUACAUUCUACAGAAGGUAGUAUGGUACGCAGAAACUCCAAGGUGAGAUGCAUUUGAACAACACAGUGAUCUGACUCCUCUCUCUCACACAUACACACAUACAAUCCCUGAUCAUUUUUAACCUCGUUCAUUUGUUUAGUUUUUGAAAUGCCCUUUAUUGUUCGCACACGCGCUCUAUUUAAAAGAGACUCGCUUCGAAACCA